GCAAAUCUGUACCGCACUUUGUACGGUUUAUCAUCGACCCAGCACGCCAUCUUACCGUGUUUCACCGUAGCCCUCACCAUACUCUCUUCGAUGGUGCAAUUCGAAUAAGAUCUUACCUGGGCUUUGUCCUUGCACCCGGCCACCAAUCCAAUUUCCCUCAACUUUCAUCAUCUAUCAUUAUGGAUAGCCUGCCGCCAAUGCCGAUACCCAACGGCCACGAGUCGAUGUCGAGACACGAUGGCCCCAUUUUCCUGCCAGACGAUAUCACACCGACGAACUUGAACAACAUAUCCACCAUCAACCGAUCUCGUCUGCAGAGACAGUCCUUGUCCUCCGUACCGAUCGAACAAUCCAAACCAUCAAGGGACAACUGUGACAGACGAAGACCCGAGGGUGCAGAGGACUCCUCCCGACUACCCAAUAUGUCCCAACAACUCAUGGGUCAAUCUGUUACUCCCUUUUUACGGGAACAUAUCCCCGGGUUGUACGCACCUAUAGGAAAGCCCGAUCUUCCGUCUAUGGCUGCUAUUACGACGAAGGACCCUAACAGUAAAUAUUGCUACCGACACCGGCCAGACUCCAAGUGCCGUAGGGCUGCUGACGAGACCAAGAUGGGGUUAAUUCAGAGCGAACUCGAAACGCUACCUGCUGCCGAUAGACAGGCUAUUACGAAUGUUUGGUCAUUGUUUUCCGCUGCACCUUCAAAGCACCGCGAGCUUAUGUUGCAAGGCAUCAUUACUCAGUGUUGCUUUCCUCAACUAUCUACAGUGUCCCGUGAGGUCCACGAGCAAUUAAAGAUAGACUUCCUGUCUGCUCUACCAACGGAGCUAUCUCUGAAGAUUCUGUGUUACCUUGAUUGUUCUUCUCUCUGCAAAGCUGCCCAGGUUAGCAGAAGGUGGACCCAGCUAUCUGGAGACGACGUCGUGUGGCACCGUAUGUGUGAGCAGCACAUCGGACGCAAGUGUGAGAAGUGUCAAUGGGGUCUUCCGAGAUUGGAGAAGAAGCGGCUAAAGGAAUGGAAAAUUCAGCAUCAAGCAAACAUGAGCAACCAUCGAGCAUUAUUGACGAAUGGUCAGGAUUCUGCUAUCAUGACGGUCGUCAAGCGUGCCGCGUCCUCCCUGGAGGAUAAGGAGACUGAUUCCUCGAAACGUCAAUGCGUUAACGGUGUCAGCAACCAAAACAAGUCGUCAGAAAGUACCCAGAAGUUUCGGCCGUGGAAAGAUCUAUACCGAGAGAGAUAUCGCGUUGGAUCAAACUGGCGGUAUGGGAGGUGUACCAUCAAAACAUUUGGGGGGCAGCACACGAACGGUAUAACUGCUCUGCAAUUCGACGACAACAUGCUUGCUACGGGCUCUUAUGAUUCGAAAAUAAAGCUCUGGGAUAUCGAGAAGGGCGAGGUCAUUCGGACUCUCCACGGUCAUACGAUGGGAAUUCGAGCCCUCCAAUUCGAUGAUAGGAUGCUUGUUUCUGCGAGUUUAGAUGGUACGGUCAAAAUAUGGAACUGGCGAACGGGUGUUUGCAUCAACACCCUUAAUCACCAAGGCGGUGUCAUAACCGUGCAUAUGGAUGGCGGUCUUUUAGCUUCGGGAUCCAUGGACAGGUCGAUCAAAAUAUUCAAUUUCAAAACCCAACAGUCAUUUACUCUACGCGGCCACUGCGAUUGGGUAAACCACGUUCGCAUUGACGCGGCUUCGCGUACGCUACUCUCCGCCUCCGACGACUGCACUGUGAAGCUUUGGGAUCUCGACUCCAAAGUCUGUAUCAAGACAUUCGAGGGUCAUGUCGGACAGGUACAACAGGUUCUUCCGCUUCCAGACGAUUACGAAUUUGAAGAUGAGGCGGCCCGUGAUGGCGAUGCCGUCUCUGUAGCUAGCAACCGUAGCGGCACGCCUCCAAACGGUUCGUCAUCUUCGUUUUCGAGCACCCAGGAUGUGGAUGAGGAACGGGCAAUGUAUGGACCCAUCUUCCAGAACGACCCUGACCGACCGCUACCUCCACGCUAUAUGCUUACGGGCUCCCUUGACGCAACUAUGAGGCUCUGGGACACAGCAACAGGAAAAAGCCCCCGAACCUUCUUUGGUCAUGUUGAAGGUAUCUGGGGACUCGCAGCUGACUCUCUGCGAUACGUUACUAGUGCCAAUGACGCUACAGUCAAGGUGUGGGAUUCUCGAACCGGCAAGUGCGAACGAACAUUUACCGGCCAUGCCGGGCCAGUAACCUGCGUCGGGCUCAGCGAUAGCCGGAUGGCGAGCGGAGGCGAGGACGGAGAGGUGCGGUUAUAUAGUUUCGAGGGCGAACCGUCAGAAGUCGAAGAGUUCGGCACCCCUGCUUAACCUUUUUGAGCGCAUUGCUGGGUUAUCUGGUUUACCCCUAUUCGAACUAACAUUAUUCAUGGAUUGAUUUUACAGCGGGCUUGUUUCACGGAAGGCGUUUACAUAUACCACAGCUGUUAAACCAGCUACAAAGGGAUGAAAAACUAGCCAAGCUGGGAGGCGACAGCUUAUUAAUGAAAACUUGACGGCAUUAAGGAAGGUCGGCGUCCAAUAUUUAUAAAAUUCCAAGGCGUACUGGAUAAGGCUUAGCAACACAGUAAUAUCGCUUGCUGAAGGGGUGGGUUUUAUUUAGAAUUAGGAUAGGGUACGGUCUAUUUUACAUUGUCCAAUAUAUCAAAGAAAAUUAAUUAUCUACUGUGAUGUAUGAGAAUGAGAAUAAUGUUUUGAUAUGCGCCUUGAAUCUCCCCACAUUU